AUGUCUCAUACCCCGCCAGAUAGGAACAAACCUGCCAAGCGUGGAACACGGAACUCCCUUUCGUGCGCACAAUGUCGCUAUAAGCACCUUCGUUGCGACGGCCGGAAGCCUGUCUGCUCACGCUGCGCCACAAAUACAGUACCAUGCGUUUAUCCUGUAUCACGCCGACGUGGAAAUCCAAAACCAGGGAACUCCUCGCUGUCGCCUGUCAGAGCCGUCUAUGAGAAUCCCAUUGACUCAUCACUGCAAAUUCCCACUAUAUCUUCAUCCUCUUCUGCCGCUACCAACGGGGAGAUUGAAUUAUCUUCGGACUCGGCAUCCUCAUUUCUGAGUUUGUACUAUGAGUUCUUUCAUGCAGCCCAUCCUUGCGCAUUGCCUUUCCAAGUUUUCAAAACUCGUCUCAACGAACCGAAAAUUCAGCCGCUUCUUCGGGUGAUGUGUUACAUCGGAUCUAUUUUCGAUAUUUCCUGUCAACCUCAAUUAAUAGAAUCAUGCGCUCAACGUGCUCGGGACUCAGUUGCCGAAAUAAGGUCACUGAUCCGGCCCUUUACCCCAUUUGACGUUCAAGCUCUCCUGCUUUAUUCCAUCGCUGUAUACUGGUGCAAUAAAACGGAAAGUGGUGUUGAACUCCUUGACGAGGCAAUUCGCAUGGCAGUAGCCCUUGGGAUGAACAAAAAGGAAUUUGCCUCAACAAAUGCAGAAGUUGACGCUGUGCUAGAAGAAAGCUGGCGCCGCACUUGGUGGGUGAUCUAUAUCACCGAUGCCCACAUUGCCGGUAUGCUCGCAAUCAUUAUUACUCAGGUUACAUAUCUGAUGACGGCAGGAUCUACCCAUACGUACCCAUUCCGAACAAGCGGCAUUGAAAUCACGACCGACUUCCCUUGUGAAGAAGAACAGUAUGAAACUGGGGCUAUUCCACCCCCACGCUCCAUAGAAGAUUACGAGAACAGGGAAUUUCUUGGAGAAGACGAAGCUAGUUUUUCCUCCUAUGCGGAGCUCAUUGGCUUGACAAUGGGAAUUGAUCGGGCGUUGUCUCCAGGCAACACUGCAGAUUAUCGAAUAUACACUACAAUGGCUGCUAGCGCUGAUACUAGUGUACGAGCAUGGCACUCUCUUCUGUCUCCGAAAAGGCGGCAAUUAAUUCGUCGCGAUGGAUCAUUUGACGAGGUCAUGUUCAAAGCAUUCUUCAUUAUGCACACAUACACUGUUGAGAUCCAUCGGCCGCUGUCAGCUUUGUCUCACAGCGCAAUCGAAUCAGUGUCGCGCUGUGCUCCGCUGGCUCCAUCAGAGCAACUGAAAUGCAACAGCGUGCAGGAACGCGACCUGCAUACUUUCAAAUGCACUCAGGCUAUCAAUAGCAUUGAUGACUUAUUGACUUUGCCAACUAAUAUGAAGAACCACUCUCCCUUCAUUAUUUGCAUGAUUGCUAAUGUGACCAUUGCACAUCUAUCGGCUUGCAGGUUCAUCUUUUCAGGGGACCAGCGAGUCAAAAGCCGAGAAAAGAUUCGUUUGACCAUGGGUACAUUGAAGCGCCUCAGUGAGCACUGGUCACUUGGCAAACGGACUUACCGUGAGAUUGGCAUAAUUGCCCGAGAAUUGUUAUCUCUUACAAAAGAUCCCCCGGCGAGUUUGGGUGCUGUGGAUCGGCCCCUUCCAGAUCCAAAAUCACCUGCGUUGCCGCCAUUGGACAUGUUACCGAACUCCGAUUUUGACUUUUGUGCCUUUUUCGAUGCGGACGCUCCUGGUCUAACGGAAGCGGGCUCAUUUAUGCUCUAG